AUGCUGGGAUGCGUAGUUUCACAACAGCUGGAGAGCCACAGGUUGGCCAGGCAUGGACUAGAGUCUCCGGAGACAGGUGUUUUGUACUUUGCAAGAGUGAUGCACGCUAACAAACAAUCAUAUUGUGGCCCAGGGUGGGAUGUACUAAAGGAAAAAUGCUCAUGCUAUCUCCUGGUGAAGCGUGCUCAUUGUGUCCAGUUGCCUGGACACUGCAUUGUGAUGCUAAUUACAGGCAUCCUGGGAGAUCAGCUUGGGGCAGUAGAGGGAGGAGACAUUUACUUGUCAGCUUCAUACUGCAGGCUUGUGUGUAUCAAACUACAUUCUAAUGAUUACCUAUGUGCUGACUUCUUGGGAAUACUUAACACUAUGUCAGCUUAUCAUUGGGAAGCAAGAAGGCGACAGCAUGCUCUGGACAGGAGGAGAUCCAAUUUUGAGAAAGUGCUGAAGAAUACUGUUCCGCCCCCUGCACACUCCUCCAAACAAAUGACCAAUUUCGCUGAACCAUCCAAGCCAAUGCCAGAUAAGAUUUGUAAGCAUUGUGCUCAAGGAACAUACUACCCACCAAAAACUUGUGAUGAAGAUGACUACACAGCAAAACUUAAUGGACGAUACAAUUCUGUGCAGUAUAGCCAGCAGUGGUGAAGAAUGAAUAGAGGACUUUUCUUCUGGCGCUCAGAGAACAUAUAAAUCCUAUUUGGAAUACAGCUGUGGGAUUCAUUUAUGUGUUCUGCCUCUGUGUUGUUCAUGCUAGAAACAUGGUAGUCCUCCACCUAAUAGUACUGUGAUUGCUGUAACCCUGGAAUUCUGGGUUUAAUAUUUCCCUGGAUUAAUAUGAUGUUUUCCUUCAGUUAAAUGGAUCCACUAGGUUUGGAGAUUCUACCAUAUUUAGAGGGUUAGAUUUGGGUGGGUUAUGGGGGUCAUUCUGACCCGAUUGCAAGCUGCAGUUUAUCGCAGCGGUGCGAUCGGGUCAGAACUGCGCAUGUGCCGGCGCCGCAGUGCUCCGGCGCAUGCCAGAUGGCCAAAGGCCGUCGGGCUGCUACGAUCGCCUCUGCCUGAUUGACAGGCAGAGGCGGUCGCUGGGCGGGAGGGGCAGAAUGGCGGCAUUUGGCCGCCGUUUUGUGGGCGCGGUUCGGCCAACGCAGGUGUGGCCAGACCGAACGGGGGGCGGGCCGCACCGGCUUUGUGAUGUCACACGCAGCCGCUGCGGGCCGGGGAGCGAUGAGUAGCUCCCGGCCAGCAUGCUAAAGCUGCGCUGGUCGGGAGCUACUCUUAAAGUGCAAAGGCAUCGCUGCUGUGCGAUGCCUUUGCCCUUCUGCGGGGGGCGGCACUGACAUGCGGGGCGGGAUAGCCCUGUGCUGGGUGACCCCCCCGCAUAUCAGUGUGAAUGAUCGUAGCUGUGCUGAAUUUAGCACAGCUACGAUCAUCUCGGAAUGACCCCCUAUAUUGUUUCUGUGCAGGGUAAAUACUGGCUGCUUAAUUUUGACACUGUAAUUUAGAUUUCAGUUUGAACACACCCCACCCAAAUCUACCUCUGUCUGCGCAUGUUAUAUCAGCCCCCCCUGAAGUGCACAUGGUUUUGUCCAGUUGCUUGCUUUUUUGAUUUGCUAAUAAACCUAAAAAACCACCUAUGUACUGGACUAUGGGGGUAAUUCAGAGUGGGUUGCAGCAGCAAAUAUGUUAGCAGUUGGGCAAAACCAUGUGCACUGCAGGGGUGCAGAUAUAGCAUGUGCAGAGAGAGUAAUGGUGCCCAUACACUUGUGAGAUUAUCGGUUCUAUCCUUCGAUUUCGACCGCAUCUGUGAGAGAAAUCGAAGGAUUGUAUGCACAUUUAAGGUACCUUUCGAAGCGAUGUGCGGGCACGCCGGUCGAAUAUCGCAUCUCAAGAUAUUAUGUGCUGUACAUAAUAUUUAUCGCAUCGCAGUGCGAUCGCAUGUGGUUUUAAACCCACAUGUAAUAUAUCGCACUGCGAUGUGCGACGGGCACCCGCCAGGAGCGGCAAGAGGCCGCUCCCACUCGGCUGUGACAUGCCCGUCACGUGAUUACCAUGUGAUCUAUUGCAUGGUAACCACUUUGGCAGUUCAGGUGCGAUGUGAUCGCACCUGAACUGCCAGUGCGAUGCCCCGCGAUGUCGCGUCGCGGGGCAUCGCACAAGUGUAUGGCCAGCAUUAGAUUUGGGUGGGGUGUGUUCAAACUGAAAUCUACAUUGCAGUGUAAAAAUAAAGCAGCCAGUAUUUACCCUGCACAGAAACAAUAUAUCCCAUCCAAAUCUAACUCUCUCUGCACAUGUUGUAUCUGUCCCACCUGUAGUACACAUGGGGGGUCAUUCCGAGUUGUUCGCUCGGUAAAAUUUUUCGCAUCGCAGCGAUUUUCCGCUUAGUGCACAUGCGCAAUGUCCGCAGUGCGACUGCGCAAAGUAAAUUUGCUAUGCAGUUAGGAAUUUUACUCACGGUUUUUUCUUCGUUCUGGUGAUCGUAAUGUGAUUGACAGGAAGUGGGUGUUUCUGGGCGGAAACUGGCCGUUUUAUGGGUGUGUGCGAAAAAAAGCCUACCGUUUCUGGGAAAAACGCGGGAGUGGCUGAAGAAACGGAGGAGUGUCUGGGCGAACGCUGGGUGUGUUUAUGACGUCAAACCAGGAACGACAAGCACUGAACUGAUCGCAGAUGCCGAGUAAGUCUCGAGCUACUCAGAAACUGCACAGAGAUGUCUUUUCGCUAUAUUGCGAAUCUUUCGUUCGCAAUUUUAAGAAGCUAAGAUUCACUCCCAGUAGGCGGCGGCUUAGCGUGUGUAAAGCUGCUAAAAGCAGCUUGCGAGCGAACAACUCGGAAUGACCCCCAUGGUUUUGCCCAACUGCUAAGAAAUUUGCUGCUGCGAUCAACUCUGAAAUACCCCCUAAGACCUACCAUAACAUAACCUAAACCCGGUAGAUAAAAGACCACUAGCCCAAGAACACGGGUGUGGUAUGAGGUGCCGGCGGCGGUUCCGGUAUAAAAGAUAGAUAGUGUCUAGUUAGACAGUCAAUAGAUAGA